AUGGUGCGAGUCCUGAGAUCUCCUCUCCUGCUGCUGUUGGGACUAUUGGCACUACCGUGUUCUCUUCGGGCUCUAACCCCUUUUCAAAAGUUCCAAAUUCAGCAUGUACAGCCAAACCCUCACCCAUGUGACCAGGCAAUGAUUGCUGUCAACAGCCUUACAAAGAGGUGUAAGCCUACAAAUACUUUUCUGCAUGACGCUCUCCAGAAUGUGAUUGAUGUCUGUAAACUGCCCAAUACUCACUGCAAAAAUGGCCAGUACAACUGCCACCGAAGUGCCACUCCUGUGAGUAUGACUGACUGCAAGUACAUUAGUGGCCAGUUUCCUAACUGCCACUACUCUGAUACUCACAUCACCAAAAACUUCAUUGUGGCCUGUGACCCACCUCAGCCCUGGGACCCUCAAGAUGCCCUGGUUCCUGUGCACUUCGAUAGAUAUGUCUACAAUUUUGAUCAGUUUGUGUCUGUCUUGACAGGCCGUUUCUGUCACAGUUUCUUCUGA